AUGAAUGUAGAAACAUUGGCUAAUGAAUUAUUACUUGAUAUAUUUGAAUAUCUUCCUGCUGUUUAUCUUCUUCGUACAUUUCAUAAUUUAAAUACACGUUUAAAUAAUCUUAUAUUUGAACAUUUUCAAAAUUAUCGUUUAGACUUUCGAGAAGCAACAAAACAAGAUUUUGAUAUUAUUUGUCAAGUAAAUCUUCCAUUGAUUACGAAUUAUAUUAAUUUAAUUGAUCUCUCAGAUAAUGAUGAAACUCCACAACAAAUAGAAUUAUUUCGAUCUUUUGGUUAUCAUCUAAAUCAAUUUCCUAAUCUUCAUACACUUUCAUUAAAUCAUAUUCGUUCAAGUGAAAUUAUAAGUGAAAUUCUUUUAGAAUGUCCACAAUUAAUUCGUUUAAGUUUAACUGGAUGUUAUUUUAAUUGUAAACAAAAUCAAAUACUUGAAUUUAUAAAUAAUAUUUGGAAUUUAUCGAAAUUAAUUUAUUGUUAUUUAAAUCUAGAUCUUAAACAUGGAUUACAUAUUGUCACACCAACACAAUAUUCAUUAUCAAUAGAACAUCUAUCGAUUGUUGGUGUACCAUGUCGUAUAAGUCAAUUAAAUCUUCUUUAUCAAUAUACACCACAUAUUCGUUAUCUUGCAUUAGAUUUAUAUCGUGAUAAUAAUGAUGAAGAAUUAAAAACAUCAAUUUUAUCAAUAAAUCAACUUAAUCUUGUUUUUGUUGGUCCACAAUAUAGUACAAUAGAAAAUUUAUUACAACAUGUACCUAAUUUAUAUGAAUUAAAAAUUGAAACUUGUUAUAUUGAAAUUAAUGGAUAUGAUUGGGAACAGAUUAUUCGUAAUUAUUUACCAAAAUUAAAAAUAUUUCAAUUAAAAAUGCGAUGUCAAAUUCGUAAUGAAAAAUCUAAACAAGAAUUAUUUAAUUCAUUUCAAACUCAAUUUUGGUUAAAAGAACAUCAAUGGUUUAUUCGUUAUCAUUAUAAUACUGAUGAUAAUUCAAAUAUGAUUUGUCUCUAUACUUUACCAUAUCAUUUUUCUUAUCUUGAUAUUCAAUUUCCUCUUUUAUAUAAAUCAACUUGUUCAAAUAAUGACGAUUAUUCAUCCUAUGACUCUGUUCAACAUCUUUUCUAUCGUUCAUCUUUAGUAGAAAAAAAUUUUCUAUCAAAUUUUCAAUUUCUUAAUAUAAAUAAUUUAACAAUUAAUCUUCCUAUCAAUGAUCAUCUAUUAUUAAUUGUUCGGAAACUUAAUCGAUUAAAUUUAUUAGAAAUUUCACGACCAAAUAAUAUAUCCGAUGAUGAUGCUCAAACACAAUUACAAGAUUUACUUGAUCAUAUACCGCAUCUUUAUUCAUUAAAUUUUAAAUCAUGGUCAGAAACAAAAGUUCAGAAUCAACAAUUGAUAGGAUUACAAAAACUAACACCAAUCAUAAUAAAGACGCAGUUUAUUCAACAAAUUAAUCUUCUUGGUUAUGAUCAUUGGUUUAAUGAUGAUGAAUGUAUUCAUCUGAGUCAAUCAUCCAUUGGAAUUCAUUGUAAAAUGCUUUAUAUUAAAGUUAAAAAGCAAACAUAUAUAACUGAUUUAAUCAAGAAAAUGCCCAAUCUUCGAGUAUUAAUUAUUCGAUCUCAGGAUGAUAUUUGGUCAAAUUAUUCAUCAGUAGAUUUACUUGUUCAAUGGUUAAAACAAAAUUUAUCACCUAUGUGUUCAAUUAAACGAGAUUCUCGGUAUAUUCAUCAUAUUCGAAUAUGGAUUCAUUCAUAA